AUGUUGAAACACUGCAGUGCCUUUUUGUGGUGUAAUGAUAUAUGGCACCGGUUUGGAAAGCAAAAUGUCGUUCAGGCCAACAACACAUCAAGCAAUGAAGAGAAACUAAAACAAAAGAUUGUCAACGUGGGAGGUACUUGCUGUGAUAUUGUAGCUAUGGAGACGAAAGAGGAGGUUUCAGAAUCUGAAAGUUCUGAUGUGUCUGAAACUAUUACCAUGGAAACAAAAGUAACUGGAAAUGGUACUGUUUACCCAGAGAAGGUUAGCGGAGUUACUGAAGAAGAAUACUUGGGCUUAAAGGAAACAGAGCAAAUCAUGAAUAUUUAUUCAAGAACUGCAGAACCUGCGAUGGCAGAAAAUGUGAAAGAAACAAAUGAGGGAGACUGUAGUGAGGAUAAAGACUGCAUAAAUCAAGAACUCCUAGAACCAGAACAAGACUUGGCACAUACGCCACUGGAAUUUAAAACCAUUCCAGCUUAUAAAAUGUCAGGGGAUUCAUUUGACAUUCUUGAAAACAAGCAGUCUGUAGAUUUCUUGAGGGCAGCACUCAAUGAGAUCAGUGAUAAAAAUUUAGCCUGUGAAGAGUUGGUACAAAGAGCCAGUGACACUGAGAGUCAGUCAUCUUUAGUGACUGAAAAUACAACAGUGGAUUCUGAGGGCGACCAGGAAGAGUAUAGAUUUUCCGAAAGUCCAACAGCUCUAGUUGAGGAUAACCAGGGAAGAAUGGUUACCUUCCAAACUAUAACUGAGGUUGUAGAAAAGACAGAAAUUAGCUCAGAUACUGGAUCAGAGAACAAUUCAACUGGAAGCCCAGCCAUCAUCGAUCUAGAUGAAGAAAUGGAAGAAAAAUGCUCAGAAAACAGUGGAAACGAAAAAGAUGUGGAAAAUGUCUCAACAACUGAACUGAUGGUGGAAAAUGCAACUAGCCUGGAUAAACAGCAUCUUGUUAAUCUAUUCACCAUUAAUCCAAAUGGAGCAAUACAACGUUGCUUUACCAGCAACAUAAAAGAAACGUUAAGUGAGAGUACAAUUUAUGAAAAUGAGAUGGAACCAAUUUUAUCUGUUAUUCCGAAUGAACCUUCACUGAUCUCGACACCAAUAGAAAAUAGUGCAGAUAAAUCCGAAACUGUCUAUAAAGAAUUCAGGUCUGUUGAGAAAUAUUUACCAAAGAUAAAUGAGCAGGUUGAGUUUAUGCAGGAAAAUGAAUCAGUUCAAAUUCUGGAUGAUACUGAAAGAACUUCUUAUGAAUUAGAAGGCACUGAUUUGCAGGCCAAAAAAGCCACAGAUAAUGUUAAUGACAGGCAUGAAGCUCAAAGUAAAUCCAAGGCAAGUAAAAUUCAAUGGGAUCUGCAAACCCCAGGAGAGAGAAGCAAUUCUGAGAAGCUGACAAAUGAAAAUGUGGAUACAGAACAUGUGGAUUUUGCAGCUGCACGUAGACAGUGGUUGAUGAUCGAAGAGACAAGCAAAUCUCAGAGCUGUCAGACUCCAUUCAAGCAACCGAAAAAUCAACUGAAAACAAAAUGUAUUAAUGUGAAAGAGAAAAGAUGUGACUCUUCGGUUAGUAAUUCAAUGCAAAAGGAAGGAACGUAUCCAUAUCCUACAUCUGUAAACUUCCCCAAAGAUAAAGGGAGAAAUAAUCAUUUGGUAGGCAGCAUAUUUGAUACAGAUGUUAAUUACUGGAGCAGUUCAGUAAAUCUAACUAAAGAAGAGGACAUAUUAGCAUCCCAAGAGAACAAUGACUUGGUGCGCGAUUUGGACCAGAAUUUGACAUUAAAACUUGAUGCUUUUAGUGUUAGUUCCGAAGAGAAUGAUUUUUAUCUGGAUGAGUCAGCUCACAGAUCACAAGCACUUCUAGCUGAAACUCCGAGCUUUGUGCCCUUGGUACAUAGAAGACAAGUUGAAACCCCAAUUGAAAAAGAGAUCCGGCGAAAUAUAAAGCGGGAGGAAAGUCUAAGAAGGGCCAGAGGCAUCACAAAACACACUUGCUCUGGAGAAUAUGUAGAGAUAAAAAGUCCACCAUUUGUUUUACAGCCCAAUUCUUCUCCUUCAACAAAAGUUAAAAACAACCAACUUGCUGAGAUGCAAAUGCAGCGCGAAAUAUUAUUUGAGCGCAAGAGAGAAGAGGAUCUUGUCAGACAGGGGAAGAUAAGGGAAACAUAUAACGAAGGUUUAUCUCCAGAGAUUGAAGCAAGAAAAAAAGUCUUUGAGCAGCAAUAUGUUACCCCACUGUCAACAUCCAGGAAUACCUUGCCACCAAUUACAAUCCCACACAUUAAUACUUCCUCUUCAUUUUUGCUGAAAUCCCCAUUGAACAAAAGUCCUUCAUAUAACGAAAUUAAACUUUCAAAUGUUAUUAUCUUGGAAAAUGACGCAAUGAUAUUGCCUGGAGAAGAAAAGGUAUCGUAUGCUGCCCCACCCAAAGCCAAAAACCCAAAUGAAUGGCCUUCAGAAACUGGAAAUGUUAUAAUAUUGGGGACACCGAAUCUUAUUGUUCGGAGUUCUUCUGACUUCUCAUUGUCUUCUGCGUCAGCAACUAAUGCAGAGGUCACCGUGCAAAACAAUCCUUUUUUCAAACUCCGCUCAAGUGGAUCUAUUCUUGACCAGGAGAUCAAGAAGGUACAAGAGCGAGAGGAAGAACUCCGGAGGCAAAGAUACAGCCUGUGUGCAAUGCCAACAUCUGCUGAAAGCUGCUUGUCAUCACCAACUUCAAGCGAAAAUUUUUGCCCAGGUUAUUGUGAAAGCAUUAACAUUUCUUCAUCGUCUCCCAUGUCUGCAAUGAUGGAGCUAGGCAGACUGCACAAACUGGCACAGAAAUUUGAAAAGGCCGAAUCCAUUCUCAAGAAAAAUGAUAGCACGAACACAGAAACAAGAAAAACACAUCGUAAGAAUGCCAUGGCUCUGCGCUGGGAAGCUGGGAUAUUCGCUGACGACCAAGAUAAUGAAUUAUAGCUUUACUCGUAGAAGAAUAGAAGUUCAAAUUGAUAUUGCAGCAAUGAAACUGCCCUAAAACUGGUCCACUUACAAGGAUGCCCAAAGACAAGUUGUGUUACCAAUCCCAAAUGUGUCUCAGACUUGUUGAAAAAUAUAUUCAGAUGUUCAUUUAUUUAAAACUUUCUCAAACUAUGAAGUUAUACUUUAAUGAUAGAUCAUCUAUUUUGGAUGUUGCUUAAAUAUUUUUUGUAGCAGUUUUAUAGACUAAUCAUUAGACAUGGUCUGAUCACAGAGAGAGAAAACGAUUGAGAAUUCAGAAUUGAGUGGAAUGAGCUGUAUAAUCACUGCAGUAAUUUCUACAUAAGCCUAAAACCACUUUAAAGUUCAACUUGAUAAAUAUAGCACAAUUUGCAAAUGUUUAUGGAAAUUUAUUAAUAGCCUAAUACAAAAAGUUUAAAAUUGUGAAGGUGUUUACAAGCAUGUUUUAGUGCAUAAUAGACUGAAAGAUUCAGUGUUUCAUAUUUCUAUUUUGGGGGAAAAAAGAUAAAGCAGCUGCAAAGAGAAGCCCUGUUAAUAAUUUUCCUUUCUUACCAUCAGGGCAGGUUUUUAAUGCACUGCUGCUCAGAAAGAAUUGGGACCAGGGGAAAAUGGAUGGCAUUGAUUCUGCCAACUAAACUCCACAAAUGUUUGGCUCAGCUAAGACGUCUCAGUUAAGCAACCGACGUAAGACAAGAGUGGGAGGGUAAUGCUAAAUUGCCAUUUGUUACGAAGAGUUGUUGACUUUUAUAUGAAAGCUGAACUUAAUAAGUCAAUAUGUUCUGUGAUGUCCGACAUACAUGAGAGAAAGAAGGUAUCAAACAAUCUCAAAUAGCAAUAUAAUAAUAAUAUAGUUUAACCUAACAAUGUAGUUUGGGUACCAUUUUAGGCUUGGAAAUUAAAUAAAUGGGUCCCCUUUUCCAUCUUUGAGGAUCUGAACGACCUUGAUAGUGUUAUUCAUUGAUCUAGUCCGGGAACCAUAGUAUUCCUCUGUGUCUUUAUUCUAAACGCAUUGUGCUUCUGAUUGUUUAAUACUGUAUUUACACCUUGACUGCCACGGCCAUCAGGACAUGAAGCCUUUUUAUCUUGUACUUCAUUUUUCACGCAUAGAGAUGGUAUUUCCUUUCAGAGAGUUGAUUCAUUUGUAAUGUUGCCCCUUGUGACAUUAGAGUGAUUACUCUGAACAUAUAAUGUAUUUGCAAUUUCAAUAGUCGUGUAAUACAUUUCAAUAAAUGUAUCAUACAUUUCAAUAAUGUAACACAUUUCAUUAUAUGAAAGACUUGCCCAACAGAGAGAGUCUGUUUCCCCCUCCAAAGUGUUGGCUUAAUGAACACAUAAAGAAAUACUGUCUUCCAAACAACUUGCAAACUGGAUUAACAAUGGUUUAUUAGGUUUCCAUCAUUUGGAAAGCAUUUAACAUUUUUUAAACACUUAAAACAAAAUCGCGUUAGAUCAUCCCACGUCACAAUAAUUACUAACCUCGUAAAAAUCACCACUUUGUUCCAAAUACAUUUUAUUAAUAACAGAUGCAUUGUGAGCUUCAUACAUCAAUGUUUGCGCAAGCUACAAUAGAAUGUUAUUUUUUACCCCAGGGUACAAAAUCCACUUGCUGAACUGGUAACUAAAUAAUUCCGUGGAGCAAAUACUUAAAUCACCCUGUAUUUCAAUGGUAAAUGUAUUUGUGAAGUACAAGUAUAUAUAUUUAAAAAAUGCAAUGAGACAUUGUGAAUUUCAGAACACACAAUUUAUUGUUUUAAUUGUUUAACUUUCAUUUUUGAAUUCGGAUACAGAUCAGCCAUGAUCCGAUAGAAUGGCGCAACAACAUGCCAUUCACGUCAGGACGAACAGGCUCGAGGGGCUGAAUGGCCUACUCCUGUUCCUAUGUUCCUAUAUGUAUUAUUGAACCAAUUCAGCACGUUACACUACUUAAACGUUUUAAAGAAUAAAACUUUGCUAUUCAGCAAAUUUGCUAGUACUUGGUUGAAACUUAUCACUUGCCUCCAACAAGUUAAAUUGUUAAUCUUAAACUACAAAAGCAACGCACAUUUUAAUACAAAAGUGGACAAGUACUGCCUGAUAUUUUCACAAAAUGAUUGAGCUCCAAUAUUUUUUUUUAAAGUGUUAUCAAACUAUGCGUCUGUAGUACAAAGUUACUGGAGUAAUUUGUGGAAUUGAAAAAAAUAAGCUCGUUAAGAAGGUACCAUUCCUUUUAUAAUUUUGAAAUUUGAGUGAACAAAUAAUUCAGUCCAUAAUAAUAGGCAGAGUCAAGAUGACAAUCAGAUAAGACCAGUUGUAGGAAGCAUCCAGAUGACCAUCAGACCAAACAAAUU